AUGCCGUAUGCUAACCAGCCGACCGUAACAAUAACUCAGUUGACAGAUGAAAACAUAAAAUUUAUUAUUGAAGACACCGAUUUAAGUGUUGCAAAUGGUUUGCGAAGAGUGUGCCAUGCUGAAGUUCCAACCAUUGCUAUUGACUGGGUUCAGUUUGAAGCCAACUCAACUGUAAUGUUUGACGAGUUCAUCUCACAUCGACUUGGUCUUAUUCCUCUCACCAGUGAUGACGUUGUUGACAAAAUGCAGUAUUCAAGGGACUGUACUUGUGACGAGUUCUGUCAGGACUGCGCAGUGGAAUUUCAGCUGGAUGUCAAAUGCCAGGAUGACCAGACUCGUCAUGUGACCAGUGCCGACCUGAUUUCAUCAAACCCCAAGGUUAUUCCAGUGACGUCCAAGCACAGGGAGGAAGCGAGUGAAUAUGAAGAUACCGAUGACAUUCUGAUAGCCAAACUGAGAAAGGGACAGGAACUGAAGAUCAGAGCGUUUGCCAGGAAAGGUUUUGCCAAGGAGCAUGCUAAAUGGAAUCCCACGUCUGGUGUGUCAUUUGAAUAUGACCCAGACAAUGCCCUGCGACACACACUGUUCCCAAAGCCAGAAGAAUGGCCAAAAAGUGAAUUUACUGAAUUGGACGAGGAGCAGUACGAAGCAGAAUUUGAUGUGUAUGGCAAGCCCAACAAGUUUUUUGUCAACAUCGAAACCUCAGGAUCAUUAAAACCUGAAGGGAUUGUGUUCUCUGCCUUGUCUGUCAUCAAGAAGAAACUCAGUGAUUUACAGACCCAGCUCAGUCAGGAGAUUGCACAGGACGCAUUGACAAUAUAGAUUUGACUACACCAGAUUACUGACAAUAUAGAUCUUACUACAUCUCACUGCUGAGAACACAGAUCUGGUUGUAGUACUGACAAUACAGGUCGUAUUACGCCACAUUGCAGACAAUACAAGUGUUAUCUGACAGCAGACAAUACAAGUCUUAUUUGAUCUCUGACAGUAUAGGUCUUAUUAUACUACUGACAAUACAGGUCUUAUUACACCACACUGCGGACAGUACAAGUGUUAUCUGACAGCGGAAAUACAAGUCUUACUUGAUCUCUUACACAGGUCAUGUGUCAUUGCUGACAAAGAAUUUUUGAUUCAUUGAACAGGCUUAAAGCUGGAUUUUCAUGAAUGAGGUCACAAUCUGUAGCAAAAUUCAAAGUUAGGUAUCAGCCAAACAGUGAAAAUGGAUGUAGAUGUACAAAGAGCAUGCAAUUCUUUAAUUAGCUUUUUGGUGAAUUAAUAAUGACAUGUAUUCGCUAAAUUGAACUUAAUUCACAUUUGGUGAACAUCAGGUUAAACCAUGAUUGAAAAUACACAUCAUAUUCUGUCAUUAACAGUAUUCAUCAUAUUCCAUGAGGACAGUAUCAGUUUGGGAGUUUGGGUGUAUUUCUUGAGCAAGAAUGCUGGGAAUAAUUCUAGUGAAUGUUAUUUGUGAGGAUGACGUAUCACAGACAAGUAUCUCACAUUGUAAAGAUAAAGGUAUUUCACACUAUGAAGAUAAAGGUAUCUCACACUGAAGAUAAAGGUAUCUCACACUGUAAAGAUAAACUUGCACUGUAAAGAUAAAGGUAACUUGCACUGUAAAGAUUAAGGUAUAUCUCGCACUGAGAAGAUAAAGGUAUCUCACUGUAAAGAUAAAGGCAUCUCGCACUGUGAAGAUAAAGGUAUAUCUCGCACUGAGAAGAUAAAGGUAUCUCUCACUGUAAAGAUAAAGGCAUCUCGCACUGUGAAGAUAAAGGUAUAUCUCGCACUGAGAAGAUAAAGGUAUCUCGCACUGUAAAGAUAAAGGCAUCUUACACUGUGAAGAUAAAGGUAUCUCUCGCUCUGUGAAGAUAAAGGUAUCUCGCACUGAAGAUAAAGGUAUAUCUCGCACUGUGAAGAUAAAGGUAUAUCUAGCUCUGUGAAGAUAAAGGUAUCUCGCACUGUGAAAAUAAAGGUAUAUCUCGCUCUGUGAAGAUAAAGGUAUCUCUCUCACUGUGAAGAUAAAGGUAUUUCACACUGUAAAGAUAUGUGAAUCUUUCAAUUUAAAGAUGGUGUCAAUAUAUUUUCUCACUGUGUAAACAUAUAGGUAACUCAGUUUAAAGAUACAGGUUACUGAAGUAUUUCAGUGUAAUGAUAUUCAGUAUCUUCCAGUGUAAAGAUAUAGGUAUCUCACAGUGUAAAGAUAUAGGUAUUUUACAAUGUAAAGAUAUAUGUAUUUCACAGUGUAAAGAUAUAUGUAUCUCACAGUGUAAAGAUUAUUUUGUAUAUUACACUGGAAAGAUAUAUGUAUCUAGCAGUGUAAAGAUAUAGGUAUUUUGUAGUGUAAAGAUACUAUAGUUACCUUGCAUUGUAAAGAUACUAAAUUAUUUCAGUGUAAAGAUAUUUUAGUUAUCUCACAGUGUAAAGAUAAGUAAUUUAACUGUUAAAAUAUCUUGAAGGAACUAGUAAAAAAGAGAAAUGGAAAUUCAAAAGUGGAUUUAUAUUUAAUUUGUUCACCAAGUUGUAAUGACUUAAGCUGGAUUUUGUACAAAUAAAGAUUGUGAGGAAAUAA